AGAAUAAGCGGAAGUUGAAUGGCUAUUCCAUGAACAAAAAGAAGAAGAAAACUUAAGCAGGAAUUCAGGAUAUAAACAAUUCUUAAUUUGAAGUCUAGGUAGAGAUGGUGGAAAAGGCCUAAUUGUGCGUGCUUUUUAAAUACAGUUUCAUACUUUUCAAAUACUUACGAAAUUAAGAUCACAUGAAUCCACUUCAAAGCCUGAAUGAAAGGCGUGAGGAACGCACUCUUACAAAACUCAAACUCCACCCACUUGCUUCAGUGCGUGUCUACCUCCCAAAUGGCCCCCAUCAUACUCCUCCUCCUCCUCCCUUUUCCUUCACAUUCACCACACACAUCAAAAUUCAAAUACUUCCAAACAUACUAACUACACCAUUUCCUCAGAACAUCCUCCCGAGGAAAUGGCCCUCACCACCAAGUCCAGAAAACCCAAUUCACCUUCAAACUUUUACUUUUGCACCACUCUUUUCUUCGUUGUCCUCUUCACUAUACCAGUUCUUUUCCUCCUCCAUACCCCAACCACCACCUCCUUAUGCACCACCCAAACUAAAACUUGGUCCGGUGAUCUUCAGUUGGCUGAAUUUGCAUGGAACCGCCUCUCAUUUUCUGAGCGCAACACACCACCCUUUGCUCUCAAAAUUGCUGUCUUCUCCCGGAAGUGGCCUAUUGGUACAACCCCUGGUGGCAUGGAACGCCAUGCUCACACCCUUCACACUGCUUUAGCACGCCUUGGCCAUCAAGUUCAUGUCUUUACAUCUCCACCCCAAGAUGAAAGCACUUCAAUCUCAUCCUCUGAAAAAGGUGCACCAUCUUCCCCUUACAUUCAUUUCCAUGAAGGUGAGCCUGGGAGGUGGCGCUAUAACAAGGCAUGGGAGCAAUUUGUGGAAGAAAACGGGAGAGAACCGUUUGAUGUUGUGCACUCGGAAAGCGUGGCACUCCCACAUUGGCUAGCACGCAACAUGUCAAACCUUGCAGUGUCUUGGCAUGGCAUAGCCCUUGAGAGCUUGCAAUCGAGUAUCUUCCAGGACUUGGCUCGCCAGCCAGAUGAGCCUAUGUCCCCUUUUUUCAACAAAAGCAUACAGGGUGUUGUGCCAAAGGUGCUGAAUGAGAUAAGGUUCUUCAAGAAUUAUGCGCAUCAUGUUGCUAUUAGUGAUAGCUGUGGUGAGAUGCUCAGGGAUGUGUACCAAAUUCCUAACAGAAGAGUUCACGUGAUUCUAAAUGGUGUUGAUGAGGAUGACUUUAGAGAAGAUGUAGAAUUGGGAAGGGAAUUCAGAAGAAAAAUUGGCAUUCCAGGGAAUGCAAGUUUGGUACUUGGUGUUGCUGGAAGAUUAGUGAAGGACAAAGGCCAUCCUCUGCUUCAUGAAGCUUAUUCGAGGCUUAUAACCAAGUACUCUAACGUUUACUUGAUUGUAGCUGGUUCUGGACCAUGGGAAAACAGGUACAGGGAUUUCGGAAGCCAGGUUCUUGUUCUGGGAUCGAUGAGUCCUUCCAUGUUAAGAGCGUUCUACAAUGCAAUUGACAUUUUUGUCAAUCCCACACUCAGACCACAAGGGCUUGACCUUACAUUGAUGGAGGCAAUGAUGAGUGGGAAACCUCUUUUGGCAUCAAGAUUUCCAAGCAUUAAAGGGACUAUUGUGGUUGAUGAUGAAUAUGGCUACAUGUUUUCCCCUAAUGUGGAGUCCCUGUUGGAGGCACUGGAAGCAGUGGUAAAGGAAGGACCCCAGAGGCUAGCUAAGAGGGGCAAGGCAUGCCGAGAAUAUGCUGCCAAAAUGUUUACAGCAAGAAAGAUGGCAUUAGCAUAUGAGAGGUUAUUCUUGUGUAUAAAAAAUCACACCUUCUGUUCCUAUCCUUGAAGCUUAGGUUAGGCAAGACACUCCUUUUACACCUUCCUUUCUUACAUUAUUUUUCUUAUAUUCAGUAUGAUAAAAUUAUAUUCAAAUUAUUAUAAAAUCUCGAAUUACUUUUGUA